AUGACAACUCCAGAAGUGCUCAGGUACGUGGCUUUGUUUUUGUUUUUCCAAUAUCUACCAUGGUAUUUGCGAAGGUAUCAUGACUAAUGAUGCCAAAGUCUAUUUGUGUUAUUAUAAACAGUCUCUCUUUGAGUCACAUUAACAUUGGGAAAGUCACAGUCUUACCUCACAUUCCAGGUGACAUUGUGGCUGUAAUAUUGUGACUUUGGCACUGUAAUUGUGACUUUAUUACAGUAAACCUUAUAUUUUUGUUGAACUACUGUAUUUGUUAGACUAUAAAUCUCUUCAAAUUAUACUUUUGUAUAUUCACCAUGCCUAUAUUAACCAGCCGGCUGUUAUCAAUCGUUUUCAGCUACUCGUUAGCGCUAUGUUCCCAGACACUGCUCUGCGUGGUGGGUACCAUCCUCAACAUCGUAUGUCUGCUGGCCUUCAUGACCGCCUUCACUCAGUCGUACUACCGCAAGACCUCGUUACUCAUCUACCUGGUGGCCUUGAGUGUGUGCAACACGCUACAGCUGACGCUGUCCUUCUUUGUUAUCGUACUGCCGGCUACUGAGCAAGUAAGUCAAUAAUUAAUGACUACUGAACCACAAUCUCUUACAUUGUUCUUGUUUACCAUGCAAUAACAGAGUAAUCUUGCCAUCUAUUAUUGGGUGUUAUCGCCAAAAUUAGCAUUAUUAGAACUGCAAAAGUGUUACCUAAAGAUAGUUUACAAUAAACAAAAAAUUUAAGUGUGGAAUACUGUAAUAACACAGUAAAUUAUCAUACAUUGUAGGGGUUAUACAGUAAUAUUUGCAAUCACAGUUAAUACCUAAUUACACUUUCAAAUUUCAGUUUAUGGACGACUUACAGUACCCCUCAGAGUACGAGUUACUACGGUCGUUCAAUCAGAAGACCUUGUCUCUUGCAUAUCCUUUGUUAAUGUCUGCCAACUAUGCCUCUAUCUGGAUACUUACUCUGAUAUGUGCUCAAAGAUACCAAAGUAUAUGCCAUCCGAGUUCACCAUGGAAGCGACGCCUUGGUAUCUUCAAGCACAGCACGCUGUGCGUUGCUGUUGUUGUCAUAUUUUCUUUGCGUAUGUUUUUACAUGUUUUAGAUAAUAUUAAGUGAUCAUACAGUUAAAAGAAGAGGCUAUAUUAAGCUGAUUUAGUAUAUAGGGGUUUUACAAGGUUAAUAUGAAGCGUUACUUUAGUUAGUAUUUUAAACAUUUUUUAAAUUUAAACUUUUUUUAGUGUUCAAUUUCCCCCGCUACUGGGAAUUGCAUGGUAUUCGAGAGUAUUUACUGUACAAAAUAAUCCAGGAAGGUAUUAUAUACGGAUUUGUCGUAUACGGGGCACCAAUGACAUUACUGAUAUGGUUAAACUACAAUACGAUUCAAAUCGUCAGGAAACACGAUGUAAGUGAUAUUACAGUGUAGAAUUACUGUCAAUUAUGCACUAGUUUAUAGUAAUAUGAUGUUUAAAAACUAAGGUUUACUUUGUGUUAUGUUUGGAAAUAACUGUCAUUUGCAGGACAUACCACUACGACCAUCAGCGGAGCACAGGACGGCCUUGAUGACGAGUUCUGUGUUUACCUUGUUUUUCUUGUGCACAACAUUAUCUGCUUCUCUGAGGCUUAUAUUGUGAGUUGGCAGGGCUUUACAGUCUUAUCAUUGGUUAUUUUGCAGUGUUUUGCAUUGAGCUUAUUUUCAAUUAGGUUACUACAACUAUUAAUAAUAUUUUAACUAUGUUUUGCAAUAUUUUUUGAAAAUUGCCGAUUGUUAAUUUGAUAUAAACCGCUAUGAUAACAUCACAAAUCUUUAUCUUUUCAGAAUCGUCAAAGAACAUUCCCUGAGGCACUUGGAUGACAUUUGGCUGGUUGACUUGAGUAAUUUGUUGAUGAAUGCCAACGCUAUUACCAUGCCCGUCGUAUGUUUCAUCUUUACUCGUGGUUUCCGCGAUUUGUUCUUUGUUAUACGAUACCCGAUCAAUGGUGCUUGUCCUAGACGGUUCUUAUCAUCGAGUUUGAGGAAGAAGUCGAAUCAACUCCUACAACCACUGGCUGUCUAA